AUGGCACUUGGACGGGCGCUCUUUAACAUUCGGCAUGUUCGAACGCGCGCUCGACGGCCGCCGGUCCGCGAUUCUCGGAGGUCCCUUGACGAGAAACGUGGCGAGCGGGUAAAAGGGCUUGCGAGCAAGACACCGACGAAAGAGAAAGAUGGCUCUGAAAACCCCGCAAAGGUCGACACGAAGGAAGGGCAAGCUCGAAAAAAGUUCGGCCUGCGUGGGAAUGUGAAGCAUGAGCUCGGCGUUCUGGAAGAUUUCCGGUUAUUAAUGCGCGAGACUGGCAUGAAAGCGGAAGAGAAAGCCUUGCCUACCACUGAACCAAUGACCGUGGACAAAGUGAUAGCGCUCAUGGACGUCAAACCCAAGCAAAGAGGCUAUCACCGCGUUGCGUCGCUGCUGAAGUCGGUGUACAGCGGACGAGACUAUAAAGAGGUGGACCGUGAUUUGAAGACGGUUACGCCUCUCAAACGCGGGAAGCACCCUCGGUCAGAGAUCCUGGAGGAAAUCUUGUCCAGGUUGGGCUUUCUGAACCAGUCAAAAUCCGUACGGGCCAUUUCGGCCACGUCUGAUCGAAAGACCUCUUCUUCGGCAGGAAAGAAAAGUGCAACCAAAAAGAAACCGUCAUUAUUAAAGAUAUCAAAGGUGUCAUCUGCGGGGCCGCCAGUCCCAGAACAACAAUCCAUCACGCUCGAGACACCACCGAAUUUCUUAGAUCUCAGGCCACAGUCGCUGCUCGUGGCAGAUGGAGCAGAACAGGACGAUGUCCGCCAUCAGACACCCGAGCGUUUCGUGAUAAGGCGUUACCGAGCCCUCAAAACGAGUAAGAGUCCACGUUUGGCCAAGCAAGAUAGAAUUGCCGAUAUGAGAGGAGGCCCGGUACAGGUUGCCAGUGCAGACAAAUUUCCGCUGAUACCAUUUCCAAUGGAGACAUCCGAAGUGCCGAGACUCAGUCACGACUUGUCGCGUGUUCUCUUCAAUCCUGGUGUUUAUCAAUUGCAGGAUCCACGAUCCAGGGUAUGGAACUUCGAUCCCUAUCUCGGCAAUCUGAUGCCUGUGUCCGAGUUCAAUUACGACGCACUGAACAGGUAUAUCACUUCGUCUGAGGACGUCAAUCUUCGAACCGUCGCCCAGGCAAAGGACAAGCGGUACAUCGGCUCAACUUCGAGCAUGUCGGGCGUUCUCGCCCAUUUCCAUUUCCUCCUCUCCGGGUUCCGUGACUUGAACCUGGACCAUCUGAGCCGGGGGUUUAAAGACGAGGGUCAAGUCAACUUCACCAGGAUUCAGAAAGGACCCACGGCAAUCUUUCUCCGCUACAAGGACGGGGUAUAUGCAGUAGACGCGGACAAGGAGUUCGACUCCGCCAAUAUUCUGAUGAGUCUUGGCCGCUCCAUGGAGAAACUCCUCACAUCUGACAAGGAGGAAUUUGAGAGGUACCGAAGGACUGAAGAUGCCACCAAGGACGCACAAAUGAAAUCAAGUCAUCCCGAGGCAUACCACUACUCGGGCCUUGGCCAGUUCUUGCUACGAUCACAACUUGACGCCCACGACCCCCGGUUGCCCGGCACAGGCAUGUUUGACCUCAAAACACGAGCUGUCGCGGCCGUGCGAAUGAUGGUCCAUGACCAUGAAAAGGGCGCGGGCUAUCAGAUCAAGGAGAGAUUCGGCACGUGGGAAUCUUAUGAACGAGAAUACUUCGACAUGAUGCGAUCGGCCUUUCUCAAAUACUCUCUCCAGGUCCGGAUGGGCCGCAUGGACGGCAUCUUCGUUGCAUAUCACAACACCGAACGUCUGUUUGGCUUUCAGUAUGUACCGCUUCCGGAGCUGGAUUUCGCUCUUCAUGGCCAAGAGGACAGAACACUGGGGGACCAGGAGUUCUCCCUAAGCAUACAGCUCUUGGACUAUAUCUUCAAUGAAGCCACGAUGCAGCAUCCGGGUCAGUCCUUCAGGUUUCACUUCGAGGCAAGAGAAGCGACGGAAGUUUCUCCGCAUUACAUGUACGUCUUCGCGGAGCCGGUCACCGAGGAAGAGAUUGUGGCGAUUCAGAGUCUGAAGAAAGACGAAAUCCGGGCGUUCGAGGAUCGCAUAUUUAACCCAGGGCGUGCAAAGUCACCCAAACUCGACGAGGAUGACGCUGAUGAAGCUGAGGAUGGGAAUGAAAGUGACGAGGUUGACUCGGCUCCAUCAGACUCCUCGACCAAUACGGGUUUCGCCCAACAAUCCAACGCGGCCGAUGUUGCUUUCCUCGAUGGCGUGUUGGGGUUGAACAUCAACGAGGCUAUGGCAUCGGAACCCAAAGAGGCGCCUGUGCCUGAGUGCACAGAGGAGCAUGCAGCAGGAGGCCCGGAAGCCUCCACUACAGACACACAAUCGGCAUCAGCGUCCAGCAAACCCUUGUUGGCCUGGAGACUCAACAUUCGCAACAUAGUUAACGGCUUGCCGGUGAUGCGGCCCGAAAAUUUGAAGGAAAGCGACACGUGGAGUCUGCAGUACACGUUGGUCCCCUUGUCCCCCGGGGAAGCCGAACGGCACUACACGCUGUGCAAGAACCGACGCAAGAACGCGCUGGAAGCUCCGCAAGAGACAGAUGCGGCAGCCAAUUUCUACCUGAACAGGCUUGUGUCGAUGAGCCGGAGUGGUGCGCAAUGGCGGCAGCAUCUGGACAAGCUGGAUGCGGGCAGAGAGCGGAUUGUACUUUACGGCGAAUGA